AUGUUUGAGGUGCGCACGCAGGCUUUCGACCGGGUUGUCUCUGAUCCCGAAGUAACAAAGUGCCUAGCGUGCACUGUGGGUGCAUCAGGGGAAAUCCUCACUGUAGAAGAGGCGGUGGCUACUUAUAUGGACUCACAGAUUAGACGUGCAGCAGCAAAGUCCGCUCAAGAGGGACACGAAAUCACGGAUACUAAAGACUGGGAAGAGAACAUAGGUCGGCUCUGCUCAAGGCUUCACUUUCCUGAACGUUUUCUCUCCGCAUAUGCAAGACUGUUAGCCUGCAGGCUGUUACCAGAGUGGGCAACUUGGGGCCUGCUUAGCGGAAAACAAAUUUCGUCAGAUUGGGGAAAGCUUGCCAACCUUACCAACAAAAGUCCCAUUCACCUAAGACUUGCUCGUGCGCGUGAUGCUGGAAACACCCAGUAUACGUACAGGGCCUUCUUUGAAAACAUUGAUUUUACAGAUAGCAAAGGGUUUACGAGUAGUGUAGACAUUUUUUCUGGAGCAGCAGCGCAAGUGUGUGGUCUAGAAAUGAGAGUUUGGAAGGCAGUACAACAUGCUUUUGAGGCUCGCUGUCCAGUUCCUCCAGAAGAACAGUGGCGGGUCAGCCAGGUUAUAGCGGACAUUGCUGCAGCAAGAGAGACAUUGCUCUUGUACACAAAGCGAAUGCAGCAGACAAACGCCGCUACAACUUUCAUGGCUCUGGAGGGCGGGACACGCAGAGAUGGCUCUCAUAGUCCAACAGCAGAAUCAGCACGAAGGCAUCCAUCAGAAGGGUGCUUAACUUCGUCUUUAUCAGUCCAGGCAGUUGCCCACUUAACGGGAAUUUCUGUAGAAGAAGCUUUUUCUGUGAUGGAAAGUCUCCAAGUAGAGCCGCAGAAUCUCUUGGCUGGAUGCACAAUGACUACGCACAGUCAGAAACGAUCUUCAGGAAAAGUCAGAGGGUCUCUGGAUGCAGAAGAGCGAGCUAGACUUGAUGCGAAAGUUGUUAGGCUUUUUAAACAGCACCGUCGAAUAACUCACCAGCAACUGAUGCAGCAUUUGCAAGAGCUUUCUGGAAACCAUCUUUCUCAAGAUAGCACGGGCGAGUAUCAAGGAUGGAAGCCGGAAGCUAUUAAAGCAUGCCUCGAAGGUCUCAUGUCAAAGGAGUACAUUAUUAGAGAUGAAACAGACCGGAUUGGUAUUGUAUCACCGCCGUUCGAGGGCCCGCAACGUGAACAGCUGCUGACAAACGGCAUACUGCCGUACUUUGUCGAGUCAAAAAGCAGUGAUGAUUGCAUUACAUAA